AUGUCCUAUCAUACCAAGGCAUUGUUUAAAGGUGUUCGCACCAGCAAGUACCGACACGUGUAUGGCUCUGCGGCUCGGAAAGACCAGUGUUACGACAACAUCAACAUCACCAAGAAUGCACAUGACAGUAACUUUUGCGCCGUCAACCCAAAAUUUUUGGCCAUCGUAACGGAAAGCUGUGGAGGUGGCAGUUUCAUUGUGAUACCCCUCGACAAGGUCGGUCGUGUGGAGGUGCACGCUGGUCGCGUCACCGGUCACAAGGGACAGGUGUACGAUGUCAAGUGGAGUCCCUUCAACGACAAUGUCAUUGCCUCCUGUUCAGACGACACCACCAUCAAGUGCUGGUACAUUCCCGACGAGGGACUGCUCAGUCGCAACAUGAAUCAGCCCAUCUGUGACCUGCGAGAGCACAAACGACGGGUGAGCUUCCUCGAGUGGCACCCCACGGCUGACAACAUACUGCUUUCUGCUGGCUUUGACCACCUCGUCAUCGUCUGGAACACCGCCCGGGCAGAGGUGGUUCGAGUCAUCGACUGUCACACUGAUGUCAUCCACUCGAUGUCCUUUAACCGCGAGGGAAGCCUUUUUGCGACUACCUGCAAGGACAAGAAGCUGCGCAUCAUCGACCCUCGUUCGGGUGCAGUGGUCAACCAGGGUUUGUGUCACCACGGAACAAAAGCAAACAAGGUCGUUUAUCUGGGAGAUUCGGGCCGCCUCUUCACAGUGGGCUUCUCCCGGUACAGCGACCGCCAGUGGGCCGUCUGGUCGGAGAAGGACCUCAGUGUGCCGUUGACCAUUGAGAACAUCGACUCCAGCUCCGGGGUGCUCUUUCCCUACUACGACCACGACACUCGAAUGGUGUACGUAGCGGGAAAAGGCGACGGCAACAUUCGCUUCUAUGAGACCACUGAUGAGGCGCCCUUUUGUCACUACCUGUCGCAGUUUCUCUCCGGUCAGCCUCAGCGUGGCCUCUGUGUGAUGCCCAAACGCGGCUGUGAUGUCUACAAGUGUGAGAUUCUCCGUUUCUACAAAUUGCACGCCACUCGGGCCGUCUGUGAGCCCAUUUCGAUGAUUGUGCCGCGCAAGUCGGAGCAGUUCCAGGCGGACAUCUUUCCCAACACUUCGGCGCCCACGCCGGCGCUCACCGCCGAGCAGUGGAUCAGCGGAGAGACGCGCAAUCCCAUUCUUUUCAAUCUAAAGACUGGCGUAGGAGCAAAGACAAACAGGCCCAUCUUCAUCAAGCCCCUCACCACUCCACUGCCUAACGGUCAGCCGGCGACAAAGGACUUUAAUGCCAAGCUGGAGUACAUCUUGCAGGCAAAUCAAAUUGACUACCGAGCAAAGGCCAACGCCGAAGCAAAUGGUCGGGUAAAUGGAGAGCAGCAGCAGCCAAAGUCAAACGGCCACCAAAACGGUCACACUCACUCGCCGAAAAAGAAUGGCCACAGUGAGGGCAACAGUGAGGAGCACAAUGGAAAGAAGGUAAAGUCAACCAAUGGUCAGUCAAACAGUCCACCGCAGCAGCAGUCACUCUCCAAGGAAGGCAGCAAAUCUGAGUCAAUGCUGCUGAACAACUUCCACGAGGCGGUGAGCAGGAAGAACAACAAGUCCUUCAGCGGCAGCGGCCGACGGAACAAGCUGCCCUGGGUGAAGGACGACGACGACGAGGACAGUGCCGAGGAGAAGUCCACGCCGAUGUGUGACAUUGUGGCGGUGAAGCAGCUGCCCGCGGCCACCUACGUCACCAUUCACUCCGACUCGGACGACUCGCUGGCAAACACCACCGAUGACAGCAUGAACGAGGAGAUGAACUACGACGGGGUGAUGGCCACGGAGGACAGCAAUGGAAGUGGCAGUGGGCGGCACCACUUUGGCAUUCACCACCACCACCACCUCAACCACUCACCCACCAGCGAUAACUCACUCACCGACAAGACUGCCUCCACUUCUGAUCUCAUCGAGGCGCACCUGGCGGCCAAGGAUCCAAAGAAUGAACGAGAGCUUUGGUCCGUCUUCCAGGAGCAGCGUGCUUUGAUUCACAAACUGAGGAGUGAGCUAAAGGAGAAGAGCGACCGAAUUGACCAGCUGGAAGAGCUCAUUGCGGCGGCCAAUCUUGAAUAA